AUGAUGAAGUGGUCGGUUGAGCUAUCAGAAUUCUCCAUCAAGUAUGAGCCGAAAGAAGCAAUCAAGGCUCAGGCUUUAGCCGAUUUCCUAAUAGAAUUGACUUCUCCCGUUGAGGAGGGUAGUGUCGAAGAAACCCAAUGGAUUGUAUCAAUGGACGGUGCUUCGAAUCUCGAAGGAAGUGGAGCAGGAAUUGUCUUGGAAGGUCCCGGGGGCAUAUUGUUGGAGAAGUCACUACGCUUUGAGUUCCGAGCGAGCAAUAAUCAAGCAGAGUACGAGGCAUUGUUGGCAGGAAUGGUUUUGGCAAAGGAGAUAGGGGCGACAAGCUUGUCAGCUAGGAGCGACUCUCAGCUAAUCACCGGACAAGUGGCUAGAACUUUUCAGGCAAAGGACCCUCAAUUGGCCAAGUACUUGGAAAAGGUUAAACUCCUAUCAGAAAAUUUCUGA